AUGAGUCGGUACAAUAACAAACGUUACAUCGCGAACAGCAUUCUGGCCAGGCUGGUGGGCCAAAGGGCUUUAUCUUCAGAGUCAUCCAACGGUGUUAAACAAAUACUCGAUACGACAAAUGAUUGCUUGCACGCUUUAUCUAACCUUGGUAUACCUGUAUCGACAUGGGACAUCUUGAUUAUAUAUCUCAUCACAAUAAAAUUGGAUAAUGAAUCCCAAAAACAAUGGGAACAAAAACUAAGCGAACAGGCUGAUCGAUUGCCUACACUAAGCGAGUUCCAAUCAUUCCUGGAAUCAAGAUAUCGAGCACUCGAGUUUUUAGAACCAAACCAAAGAAGAAAGUUUAGAGGCAAAGAUGCAGCGGAUAAACCGAAGGUGUUCAGCGUGACGACGUCUGUAUCCUGCCCAUUCUGUUCGGGACAUCACUUGCUUUAUCAAUGCAAGAAAUUUGUACAAGAAGCCAUCGGGAAUCCCCGGGACUUCAUCCAGAAGAGAAAACUGUGUUUCAAUUGCUUCGGAGCUAACCAUUCGGUAACACAGUGCAAACGACGCACGGCUUGUCGGUGCUGUGGCCAACGUCAUCACUCGCUGCUGCACCAGGAAGGCGGCACUCACAAUCCGACCCUGGCGGGCCCUAGUCAGCCCGCUAAUCAACAGCGGGAGCCAGCACAAGAACCGCAGGCGGCGGAUCACGUGGAGCGUGUUGUCAGCCAUUUUUCUAACAGUGAAAUGACAUCAAGUAGUCAAGUAAUGUUAGCUACCGCAUUAGUUAAUGUAUCCAGCAAGGAUGGCUGAUCCAGGAUAUGGUACACCAAGCAAUAUAGAUCUUCUACUGGGCGCUGAUGUGUAUGGUCAGGUUUUGUCAGAAGGCAUAUUGAGAAAUCCAUCUGGAACCUUGACAGCUCAAAAUACACAGCUGGGAUGGAUCCUGUCGGGACGAGUUUAAGUUAGUGGGGAUACUCCUUACAUUAUUAGCGCACAUACCCAUGACAACUCAAUCAAUGAUUUGCUGCGUCAGUUCUGGGAGAUUGAAACUGACUAGCAUCAUCCACUUUUAUCCAAGGAAGAAGAAUCCUGUGAAAGAUACUUUGAAUCCACUACAACUAGGGACAGUUUGGGUCGUUAUGUUGUAGGUCUUCCUUUUCGCGACAACAAUCCACUUGCUCAAGAAGAAACUUGAAAAUAAUCCAUUCUUGAAGCAAGAAUAAUCCAAGGUAAUAAAUGUAGCCACCUGGCUAUGAAUCAUAUAGAAGUAAUUAAUGACAAACAAGAAGCUGCUAAGCCAGGAUGCGUUUAUCUACCUCAUCAUGCAGUUGGUUGUUCGCGAGGACAAAAGUACAACGAAGGUCGGCGUUGUUUUCGACGCUUCGUGUAAGGGUACCAGCGGCAAGUCAUUGAACAAUGAUUUAUUGGUAGGUCCAAGGCUUCAACCAGAGUUACGACACAUAAUUAUGAAAUGGCGUACUUAUCCUAUAUGUUUCGCAGCGGACAUAGUUAAGAUGUAUCGAAUGGUCAAGGUCGUACCAGAGCAUACUGACUUCCAGAUAAUGUCACAAGGGUACUAUCAAAUGUAAGAAAUCUAAAAUUGUAAGACCAGUCUCCAAACUUUGCAUUUUGCCUAUCGCUUUUUAACAUUACUUACCUGAAUAACUGUAAAUAUUUCAUGCAAUGUAUGUACUUAAAUGUAUCUUUGGAUGCAUCAGCUAUUAAGUAUUUUGUUAUUGUUUAGUUGUAAGUAAGUACGAACUGUUUAAAAGCAACCCUUGACUGCACUUUGUCGUUAUUAUGGUUUCUUUAAUGUGUAAGUUUAUAUUUAGUUCAUGUUGAGCAGUUCUUUAUUGAUUACUAUUAGGUUAAGAUGUUACGGUUUCAUGGAGAUGUUAAUUGUACGUGUAAAAUUUGAUGGCCUCAUUGUUGGCUAUGAACUUUUGUAGUUCAUGGUGGGCGGAAUGUUCACCCUGUUUUUUCCAACUCCUAAAACCGUCACUAGAGAGCGCUGUAAUACGCAAAUCCGUUGUCAUGAUACCCUUGUCAUAAGUGACACGGUAUCCUAGAUUAUUGAUUUUUUAUUGAAUAUACAAGUUUUUCUAAUCCAAGUUUAUUUUCAUAAUCAUCCCUCGGAAAGUCGAACACUAAAAGAUAAUCUUAUUAGUGAAAAUUAUUAUCACAUAAAUGAUUUUCUUAGGGACGACAUUGAAAAUAAAUGGAUUUUUUAAUUAUUAGUUGAAUUAUGGAUGUAUGAAUGAUAAAUUAUAUCUAAUAUAUAAAAUUCUCGUGUCACAAUGUUCGUUCCCAUACUUCUCCGAAACCGCUUGACCGAUUCUCAUGAAAUUUUUUAUGCAUAUUCAGUAAGCCUGAGAAUCGGCUACUAUCUAUUUUUCAUACCCCUAAGUGAUUAGGGUUGUCCACCCCUAACAUAUUUUUUUUUAUUUGGACUUUUUUUUUUGUUAUAAUGAGGUAUUAUGUGGUUGAAUGAGGUUUUGUUAUUUUUAUUAUAUAUUCCCUCAUCGGUCACAGCACUACAUACCUCUUUCACUCAUUUACCACAUCCUUACACACUUACAAUAAGUUAGUUUUUUUUUCUACACUAGAAAUUCCCUAGAAAUCUUAUAUAUGGCAAAACAAUGUUUGCCGGGUCAGCUAAUAAUAUUAUAUAAUAUCUUGCACUGCACUAAAAUUCGCAUGUCAAAUAAUGACAAAGCAUACACGCUGCUUUUAACUUAUGUAAUAACUCAUUUUCACUAUGCUUGGCAAAUAAAUGAUUUCUUUCUUUCUUUCUUUCUGCUAUAUUGGCCGGAUUAUUCCUGGAAAUUUAAAGAAAAUAAGCUCGAAAAUGUAUUGUUGUUUACUUGUAGUUUUCCGUCAGUUAAGUUAGCGUGACGACACGUAUUAUAUAAUUUUAUUUUAAUUUGUAGUAGUUUCCAGUGAAUGACAAAGAAUUAGGUCCUUGUAAAAUAGUUGUAAAAAACUCAAAUUAAUAUUUUUAACCCUGAAAAAUCAGUUAAUGUGAGCGAAUAUUAUAUACAUAUGUUCUUACUCUAAUAAAUUCUUCAGCUUAUGACAAAUAAAAGUUGGGCGCAAAACUAAACAAAUAGGCUUAUUGACAGGCUUAAGUAAACAUUCAAA